GGUAGGUCGCAAGAGCCGGCGGGACUACCCGGUUGCAACGGGCGCGUACAAACGUAUCAUGCUGGGUAGGGCCGGUGCCGAGAUGCCGGCUUGUAAACGAAACCAGUUUGCUAUCCGAUACGAUCCAGGCAACAGCGGCCUCGCGUGAUAUCCCCGCGGCCGACCAGGAGAACGUCAGCGUGCUUUUUCGCCGCGUGACCCCGAAGGAUAACUACCUGGAGAACGUUACCUGCGCCGGGAGUCACCUGACGGUAGCUUCGGGGGUGAGAUUCAGUCGGGGAGCGAGCCAGCGGAUCCCGCAGUCACCGGUUGCUCGCUGUAAACGUCAACGGUUCUCUGGUCACCGUCGAGUACCACCUGGAGCGGGAUCUGAAUUAUCUAAAACGCGCGUGACAGCGGUUCCGGUCUCGGUGCAACCAGUCGAACACUGUCCAUCGCGAAAACGCACCGACGUCGUAUCGUCGUAUCGCCUAGUGACAUUCGGAGCGGUGAUACGAAACGGGGUAGAAAUCUAGUGUCGGUCGUGAAGUGAGUUUUCGUUGUAUCAACCCUUAGUGAUCGUUGACCGAGGAUGACUCCGAGGAUCGAGUCGACGGCACGAUGAGAAGCGCCAAGAGCAAGCACAAAUCGUGUCGGAGCGUUUCCUGAGCCGGACGACCGGUGACAUCGAUGCCCUGAGAGACAGCCGAAUACCUAGUGCAGAGAGACAGCCAGGGUUCGCGUGAUCGGGAGGAUCUGACGGGUCGCUGGGCGAAGAGAUGUCAGCCGUAGCACCAGCAGGAACCGGUGCCACGGCGCCCACCGCGAACGGUCCAAUCGUACCCGCUCCGGUUUUCGCGUUGCCGACGUUGUCGUUCACCGUCGGCCAAGUGGCCACCGUCUGCGAGACGCUGGAGGAAAGCGGCGACAUCGAGAGACUGGCCAGGUUCCUCUGGAGCCUGCCAGUCGCCCAUCCCAACAUCCAGGAGCUUAAUCAGAGCGAGGCGGUGCUCAGAGCGCGGGCGAUCGUUGCGUUUCAUUCGGGACACUACAGGGAGCUGUACGCCAUUCUGGAGAGGCACAAGUUCACCAAGGACUCCCACGGCAAACUCCAGGCGAUGUGGCUGGAGGCGCACUAUCAGGAAGCGGAGAAACUACGCGGUAGACCGUUGGGUCCCGUGGACAAGUACAGAGUUCGAAAGAAAUUCCCGUUACCCAGGACGAUCUGGGACGGCGAGCAGAAGACGCACUGCUUCAAGGAGAGGACCAGAUCGUUGCUCAGAGAGUGGUACCUGCAGGAUCCCUAUCCGAAUCCCGGCAAGAAGAGGGAACUGGCCGCCGCCACGGGACUCACGCCAACGCAGGUGGGGAAUUGGUUCAAGAACAGGAGGCAACGUGAUCGAGCCGCUGCUGCGAAGAACAGAAUGCAGCAGCAAUCUGGCACAGGAAACGGAAAUACACGGCGUGCCCUGAGCCCCGGGCCAGGAGGCAGCGAUUCGGAGGACUCCGAUAUUUCUCUCGGCGGAACGUCGCCUCCGUCGCCUAGUUCCUCGCCUCCGCCGACUCAUCAACCAUCUCCUGUUCCUCUCGGGCCCCUCGGACCUCUGCCUCCGCCAUCCUUAAAUUUCCGCUUCGAUCCAUCGCAAUCGCAGUUUCGAUUCAACCACGCGACGGCCUUCAAAUUCCCGCCGACGGGCUUCCGGUUUGGACCGCACAGCCCGCAACACAAUCAUCCGAACAUCUCAGGUGGCGGGAUCUUCAGGCUGACGGAAACGAGCCCCUUCCAGGCUGUGGGGCCCAGGGGCGAUCUAGGAUCGAGGCUACCAGAUCAUCUGGGACUACCGCCGCCUAGGUUGCAUCCUCACGAGGGGCUGCUGCACCACCCCCACGUCUCGCAUCAGCUACCGGAAGGGAUGUCCAGGUUAUCGGACGGCUCGCGACUCUCCGACGGCGGGAUAUCGCGGCUGUCGGACAGCCUAUCGGAAGCACACAGCCCGCCGCUAAUGGCGACGAAUCUGUCGGUGACGGGCCCUCUAAGGGUCGCAGUGCCUAGCCCUCACACGCCUUCCUCGCGGGGCAGUCCGCCGUCGAAUCAGCAGACUCCUCAGGGUCAGUCUCAAGGCCAGGGAUUGAUAAGGGUCGCGACGCCGCCGCCCAACCCGAAACCGCCGCAGAUUCACAGACCGUUUUCACCAGCGUGAUACGACAGGGACGAUCUCGAGUCGGAAACAAUCAUUUCUGUGGACGCCGAGGACGAUCAGUGUUCCAUAUCGAGCAAGAUCACGGCCAGCGACGAGCAUCGAUUCCUCGGGAAGCGUUUCGAGGUGUUGUGAGGCCGAAGCCGCGCGAACGAUGGGUGCUGCCUUCGUCUCGAUGAAAAGAGUCGAGGGACUCGGACGUUUUCUACGCCCCUGGAGCGCGAGGAGUAAUUAUUCGAGAUCAAAGAGCGAGAAAUCCGAUGGAGUCGAGGAGUCGAAGGGCGCGAGAAAUCAAUCAACAUCUUUGACGGAACGAAUCGGAAAUUCGAACUGAAACACGCUGUAAAACUUGGUUCGCGUCAGACCGUGCAAGAAGAUGGAACGUUUUAGGAGACGCCGACAGGUAUCUUCGUACCUCGUUGAAGAAAAGUGGCCAGACUCGGUGCGGUUGACGUCGUUAGACAGCUCGCGAGAGCGGACGUGUGCAAUUUCUCAAGAUCAAAACGCAAGUGGUGCGUGUAAAUAGUUUGGUACCGUCGAGGAACCGAUACCAGCAGGACGGAAACUUCCGCGAACGAUCCUGCUUCGAGGCUGAAACGAACUCGGUGUUUUUUUUUUCGUAGUCUGUACAUAGCCAUGCUUUCGAGAAAAUGUUCUUCGAUGUAAUCGUUGCCUGAAAGCUGUUGAUCGCCUGUUCGAACGCUAUUUAAACUUCUAACGCGAAACGGUGGAACGUUUGAAAAAUAAAAAACACGAACCCGAACCGUAGACCGAAGUCGAGUAUCAGGAACUAAAGCCGUUCGAUUGAUACGCGAAGACCCUAAGCUUUCUUUUCCUUGGAUCGUCGUACCCCUAAGGAAGCCACGAAAUGGCAAUGUUACCGCCGAAGACCGCGUUACAGCCUUCUUUAUAUCAAGAUCCGUCGAAUCCAUGGGGGGAUAUUUUUACAGCGAAACCGAACCGCACAAUGUCGCGUACGCUGUUGAUUCAAGAACUCGAGCGUUGGUCGAACUAAAUAAUUUAAGAAACUUCGCGAAAUCUUUCCUCCCCGGCCUGCCCUUUAGCCUAAGUAGAUACUAGCUUUGUAAAUUUGAUUAAUCGACACGGUCUUCGAUGAAUCGUUUUACUCCGAGAGUAACGAGCCGCGUUUAGGCUUGACGGUGAUCGUCGAUCGAUUCUCUUGCGGUAGAGAGACCAUCGCCCUUCUCUUUGUAGAUAUACACGAACAAACACAUACACGCAUACACACACACACACAAAGAGAGAGAGACACGUAGCGAAUUUCUUGUAUAAUCGACCCUAUAAAUAUGAACAUACUACGAUGAUCUACGUAUACAUAGGUACCUUACGUAAAGACUAUUAACACGAAAAAUAUACAUAUAUAAAUAUACGAGGAGAAAUGAAUCAUUAUUAUUAUUAUUAAUAUUAUUAAUAUUAUUAUUAAUAUUAUUAUUUGCGCCUGUACAUACAUUCACGCGAAAAUAUAUUAACAGAUUAUUAUGACAUUACGACAAAACAAUUUACAAGUCUUCAAUUUUGUGCCCUGGAAGCCAACGCGCGCUCAUUCCAUCCCCAUUCCACCCGCGAACUAUGCAACGAUUCCCAGAAUUUAUGCGAUUGCCGCCCGUAAUCCGGUCGCGAAUAUCAUUGAACGGGUUAAAAUCAUGCAGCUCGUUCGCGGCAAUUAUUUGCCCGGUUUGCGCUCGCUAGUGGAACGAUUCGUCAAGCGACAAUCGCAUCAGUCCGCAUCGCCGAUACGUGACCGGACUGCAUGAUCCCCGUCACGCGACGAAACGAUUAACUAAUCAACUCAAAGUUAUUGUUUAUUUGUCAUUUUCUUUCGUCGAUCGUCCAGGAACGAGAGCGACGGUUAGACUUUUCGUUGUUUAUUAUCAAUACACGCUGAAACUAUUCGUUACAUUUCUGGUAUUUUCUUUUUUACCACCUUUUCCCACCUUUCGAGACGGCAAUGAUUCAGAUGGAAGCACAAUUAGGAAAAUUAUAGUGUUACAGGAGCGCUUCACGCGGGUUUCAUGGGAGUAAUUCGUACUUUAAUUUCAAAUAUAUUUUUUCUGGAUACGUAUUUUUUUUUUAAAUUAUUAAGAGUUUUCUACGCCAGGUAGUUCAGUUAACCUUUUAUUUAUGUAUAUAAGAACGAAACCCUGGUUGAUUACAAUCAACGUCCAGGCUACAGUUUUGAACCUAGGAAGCUGAAAUUUUGCACAGAGGUUUCCUUUAUGAUGUAUACAAGGAAUAAGAGAGAAUAUUUUGAAAUUCAACCUCCAAGGGGGUGAAAAGGGGUCGCAACGUUAAUAUUCCGCGCGAGUGAAAUCGCGGUGCACAGCUAGUAAAAUAUAAAAAUAUUCUAUCACCCUGUUCCAUCGCUACCAUAUUACGAAAAACAACGGGAAAACGUCUAGAAUACGCGUGACUUUUCCACGCGCACUCGCGACCAUCGUAUUGCUCGCAUUCGCGCGCUUAAUAACCUCGAAGGGAGCUGACUCCACGGUCCCUUCUCCCACCCCUGUCGUCGGUUCUUCCCAUAAUUUAAACGCUGCGAAGCUCUUCCCCACGGUGUGCCGCGCACCGUCGAAAAUCGCCGAGUCACGGGGCUCCCUGUUAACGAACUCGAAGAAGUCGCAUUCGAAACACGGAUCCUUUUUUCGUCGAAGGUCAAAGCGGCACGGUCUCGAGAGGAAGAGCGACGAGAGGAUAUACACAGGAGAUCCCGAAGGGAGGACGCGAAGAGGGAGAGGACAGACGGAGAGAGUGACAGCCGACGAAGGGAGAACAGAGAACGGACGAAGGAAGGUUAUCGACACGACUGCGGACAGAGAGAGCGGGAGAAUGCGUGAUAGGGCACAGUGGGAGAGAGUAGUUGCGCGAUAACGUGGCGUGGGCGGGUGUCGCUGACAAAAUGGACCAAUCGGCUGGCUGGGUCGCCUUGUAACCGAUCCCGCGGGUUAACCAGGAACCAGGAACAUCGACCAAGGCUCUCCAGAAAGCCGAUAUGCCCAGAGCGCACGCCUAACCGUUCCUCGUCGUCGACUCCACCCUGCCCGAUUCUUCCACAUGCGACUGCUUCCUCUGUCCCUCUCCCUCGACCUUCCUGCGCCGCUGUCUGUCUCCCUUUUCGCACCCUUUUUCCCUCGAUUCCGUUUGCCUCCGCUCGACGAAAGUUCCCGACAGCUGGGUUGGAUACCCCGCUGGAAGAUGGAGUCGUUAAACGCCACGAGAAGAUACACCGCGGGCCCAGUGUUUCGCCAGCGAGUUGUUGAAUCACUUCGAUGAAGUUGCCGUAAUUGAAACUGGCCAUUGAGCGAAAUGCGUUUAGUCGCGGGCUUCGAGAGGGCUAAUCGUCGCCUGCGUUCUCGCGCGAUGUUGUUCGCUGAAACUUUUGGAGUAGGAAACAAUUCUUGGGGGAAGGAGGACUUUUCUUUUAAGGAAAGAUCACGAAGUAAAUACUGGAGAUUGGAAUUGUGCGGGGCGACGAAGAGAUACUUUCCUAAAGUGGACACUCGUACGUGCUAUGAUAAUGAUUGGAUUGCGGAUUUUAUGAUGAGAAACAUACGAAACAUAUAUUGGGUUGUCAGGAAAGUCCAUGCUGAUUUUUUGUACAUGGUACAGGUCUGAAUAUAUCGGAAUGGUUGAAAACAAAUAACAUGAAUACAUUCUUUAAAAGGUGGAAAGGUUAUGGGACAAGAUGGUGCCUAUGUAAUUCAAUAAGUAAAUAUCAAGGUUUAAAUGUGCCUUUGAGUUUUUCGUAAAUAUUGGCAUGAACUUUCUGGACAACCCAAUAUAUAAACCUAAUACAUAUAGAAUAUAUUCGUUUUGCAUAGGUCCGCGUACCUUUUAGCUAUGUUCACCGUACACCCCCGUUUAUCUGUAUAUGGACACUUUCUUAAUUGGAAUAAGUAUCUAAAAAAUGUUACGAAUAUAUUAAUAAAUAUCACUCAUGUUUCCGUAUUUAGUUUGCGGUAUAAUACUAGAUUAUAGUACACACUUUAUAAUAAUAAUUUACGGUGUAUAUUGAUUAUUCUUUAAAGUUGGUAGGUGUCCAUAUAUUUUUGAACGGAAGCGUAGAUCCUUUGUAUCACAAAUGCAUUAAUUCGCAGUUUAAUAACGAUACGCGUGUCCAAAAAUACGCGCGUCUUUCGUUCACUUGAAUACCCAACGGAAGCAAAGCACCGCUUAAAUUCUCCGGUGCAGGGAGUUCGAAAGAAGAGUAUACCGCACGGUUUCGGGAGCGUAUAGUACUCACCGAAGCGGGUAAAAAGUAGGUAAUCGACACGGACCUGAAAGUGAACCCUUUGGGAGUAAACUGUGAUUUUUUGUACGGGCAACGUAAACGAUACUUCCAGUCGCUACAUGCUGGACAGUCAGGAUUACCACACCUGCCGCGAACGAGUGCCAGCCAUGGAAUCGCUUUACAAAAAAUGUUACAGGUAUAAGAACAUCGUUAAUAUUUUCCAUCCACUGCACAGCUGAAGCCGUAGACGUAUAGAUUUAUUUUACGAGUUAUUUUACGAGUCGCGGAUCGAGUCUGCGCAGGCUCGACGAGAGAUCGGUCGAGUGUUUAUGCCACGACGCGCUAUUAAUUCCAGGUUUCUCGUCGUUUCUUAAAAAAACAAGAGUUCUAGCCUUCGUUGAUAAGGAUCGUCUGCAAUUCAACGAACGGAAGGCGGGGAGACCGUUGUGCAACAAACGCGCGCCGCGAACAAUGCCUCGUUCCGACGUUGCUAAGUAUCCGACACGUAGCCGCGGAAGAAUCUCGCAGCCCUGAAGGGGGGAAUGAAAGGAUGAAUGUCGCGAUUAUCGAUAGACAUCGGUUCCGUGUACCGUUUUCAAGGUACAUCCAGUAUGGCGUGAAAAGGACCGUGCCCGUCUGCCCUCGUUCGUCCCGUCGUGGAUCUUUGUCGCACACUGUAUGCCCACGGUCGUCUUGCCGCUCGUGUUUUGACAGUUGCUGCUCUGACACCUCUGGCGCAUUCAUUAGAAAGUGGUUCUCAACACUGGGCCGCCCGUGAACGAUACGUUUUUACAAAACGGAUGGAAACAGGUUCUGCCGCGCUAUGCGAGGCAAGGCGAGGCGAUUGUUUAGGUUUUUAGACAUUCGUCGCUUUCAAUGGCGGUGGAAACUUCGCUUUUAGGGGUUUCUUUGCUGGCUCGUUGGUGAAAGAUUCUAUUUAGUUGGAGGGAGUAGUGUUUGUUAUUCUUUUUAGGGGUUGACCGUGUAUCACUUUUUUGACGAUCUCAGGUAAAUUCUUGGUAGUUUUACGAAUACGUGGUGUACCGGAAAAUGAAAACUCAGAUGCUAGGAUUUCUAUAUUGGUUUCGCGUCUGAACUUUCCACCCUCCAUCGCCCUUAGCUUAUUCGAAACAACUAUCCUACAAAUAUCAACAAAUAUAUACUACAAAAUCCAUAAAAGAUAAAGAAUACAACACUUUCACCAAACCACAACACCGAUCCAAAUAAAAUAAACCGAAAGUAUCGCAAGCAGAGGCAAUCGCCUUUUACUCGUUUCCUUUCGAAUAGACGAACGCAUGUAAGGUUUCAUAACGCCUGGAAUUAUCGAAACGAUAAGGAGAGGAGUCGUGUCCCGAAAAAGCAUCAGCGGAAAUUUCAAUCGCAACAAAUGAAUAAUGCAUCGAACGCGCAGGUGGAAAGUUACUCGUGCUCCGUAUCGCGGUAUCGGAACGCCAUCGCUUCUUUUAAUCCAUCGAGUGAAAGAGCUCGGGUG